UUUAAAAAACAAUUCUCUCUUGGCUUGCGAUAUCCCCAUUAAAGAAAUGAAAAUCUCUUGUUGGCUAAAGGGUUAACCGUGUAGCGUGAAUUUUUUUUUUUCUUCCUCCUCCUUGGCGAUUCAGACCGUGCACGCAUGUUCUCUGUUCCUUUCACAAAAAGAAUCAAGGCGAGGUGCCUAGGUUUUGAAUGUGCAUUCACUGUACAUUCAUAAUAAAGUGAGCCGAAUGGCACAUUCAUGCCUGCUCCUUGAUGUAAAUGAAGAGCUGAAUGAAAGUUUGGGGGACAGCUCACCUCUAAGAGAGCAUUCCGUGCACCCUGAGACCCGAGCAGUGAUUCUUGAAUUUCCUUGAGAAAAGUAGCUUUUUCCUUUCUCCAUAACAGCUGUCCCUGUCCCCUGCAUCUCGAUAAUCAGCCUGCUUUUUUUUUACUUUUUUUUUUUUUCCCACACUGCCGUUGGAUGAAAGAUCCCGCCUUUGAUUGAAAUGGAAUCUUCCACUAUUGAGCCAGCCUUUGUUGAAUGAGUCACCGCGGCGGCCGCCGAUUGGCUGGGGCCGCUGGAACCCGGGAUUGCCUGGCGCCGGCUGCAGGGUCUGCUUCAUUCACAGAAACGCUGGCUCGCUCGCCGGCCCUUUCAUUCACACAAACAGCAUUUCAUUCACAUUUUGCUGUCUUUUUGUCUGCUUCUAAUGAAGACCAGGGCUUGGGAAUGAUAGGGCAUUUUUGCAUUAGACCUGGGGGGGCUUGGACAGCCCCCACCACCAUCUCUGGGGGGUCUGUUUGCUGUUGCUAUGCUGGCCAGGGGCAGGGAAAGAGCCGGCGGCCUGCGACUGCUCUGCUAGGCCUGCGGCCCUGGGAGAGGAGCGGCUGUCCCUCGGAGCCCAGGACCCCACUGCUGGCCUCGCCUGUCGCCAGGAGCGGCACGCGCUGCCUCCUUCUGCACACAGCUCUGCAUGGGUCACAUGUCUAGUCGAGGGUGUGAGGCGAUCAGGGGGACCACUUAACCGGAGAGAGGAAGUGAUUUGCAGUGCUCACGGAGCCUUUGUUGAGAAGAGUCGGCUCUCCGACUGAGUCAUGCUUUCGCUGUGAGCCACCCGAAGCAGCUGGGCGCGCAUCGGAGGAAACUAUGACUUUUGCACGGCCAGCGAGCUGCGGUCCGCAGCCGUCUCCCGGCCCGGGGCUGCGCGGCCCCCGCACGGCGGGUCGCUAAGGGCGGGCGGGCUGGUGCGGCGGCUUCGCGCCCCUGGGGCGGGCUGUCCCGGGCCGCUGCGUCCCGCCCGGGGGGCCCCAGGGUCGCCUGCUAUGCGCAGCAGCCCGCGCCGGGGCCGGCUCCAGCAGCGCCCGGGCGCAUGCGGCGAGCCCACGGAGGGGCAUGCUUCCACGCACCAAGUACAACCGCUUCAGGAAUGACUCGGUGACAUCGGUCGAUGACCUUCUGCACAACCUGUCGGUGAGCGGCGGCGGCGGCAAAGGCUCGGCAGCGCGCGCGGACCCGGCGGCGGCGGCCCCCUACCUGGUGUCCGGCGAGGCGCUGCGCAGGGCGCCCGACGAUGGCCCGGGCAGCCUGGGCCACCUGCUCCACAAGGUGUCCCACCUGAAACUCUCCAGCUCGGGCCUCCGAGGCCUGUCGUCGGCCGCCCGGGAGCGGGCGGGCGCGCGGCUGUCGGGCAGCUGCAGCGCGCCCAGCCUGGCCGGCCCGGACGGCGCGGCGCCCCGCGGCCCGAGCGCCCCGGCCAUGCGCGCCGCCAGGAAGGGCCGCCCGGCCGAGGAGCCUCCGGCGGCGCGGGUCCCCCUCGCCAGCGAGCAGGUGCUGGGCGCCGGCGUCACCUACAUCGUGAAGUACUUGGGGUGCAUUGAAGUUCUACGUUCAAUGAGGUCUCUUGACUUCAGCACAAGAACACAAAUUACCAGGGAAGCCAUCAGUCGCAUUUGUGAAGCUGUUCCUGGUACCAAGGGAGCCUUCAAGAAGAGAAAGCCUCCCAGCAAAAUGCUGUCCAGCAUCUUGGGCAAGAGCAACCUCCAGUUUGCAGGCAUGAGCAUCUCCCUGACCAUAUCCACCGCCAGCCUGAAUCUGCGCACACCCGACUCCAAACAGAUUAUAGCUAAUCACCACAUGCAAUCCAUCUCCUUCGCAUCUGGGGGAGACCCGGACACAACUGAUUAUGUUGCGUAUGUAGCCAAGGAUCCCGUGAACCGCAGAGCUUGUCACAUUCUAGAAUGCUGUGAUGGUCUGGCCCAGGAUGUCAUUGGCGCCAUUGGACAAGCCUUUGAGCUCCGGUUUAAGCAAUACCUGCAAUGUCCCUCCAAGAUUCCUGCUCUCCAUGACCGAAUGCAGAGUCUGGAUGAGCCAUGGACAGAAGAGGAGAGCGAUGCUUCAGACCACCCCUACUACAACAACAUUUCAAGCAAGACACCCCCUGCAGGGGGAUUUGCUGAUACACGCCUGAAAACCAGACCCCCAGCCCCUGACACUGCCCAGUUUUCAGGAAAAGAACAAACUUACUACCAAGGGAGGCACUUGGGAGACCCGUUCGGUGAAGAUUGGCAGCCAACGACUGUGAGGCAAGGGUCCUUGGACAUCUACAGCUUCCCAGAUGGGAAAUCACACGUGGCCGCUGUGGGAGAAGUGCCCACGUACGUCAACACACAGCGCCUUCCGCCGCAGACAGCGCCUACCUCGGGCAGCAGUGCAGAGAGCAGCCCACGCAAAGACCUCUUUGACAUGAAACCUUUUGAAGAUGCUCUCAAGAACCAGUCCUUGGGGCCUGUGUUGAACAAGGCAGCUUCUGUGGAAUGCAUCAGCCCUGUCUUACCCAGAGCCCCAGAUGCCAAGAUGCUGGAGGAGCUGAGAGCGGAGCCUUGGUACCAAGGAGAGAUGAGCAGAAAGGAGGCCGAGGGGCUGCUGAAGAGAGAUGGAGACUUCCUGGUCAGGAAGAGCACCACCAACCCAGGCUCCUUUGUCCUCACGGGCAUGCAUAACGGCCAGGCCAAGCACCUGCUGCUCGUGGAUCCCGAAGGCACGAUCCGGACAAAGGACAGAGUUUUUGACAGCAUCAGUCAUCUGAUCAACCAUCACCUGGAGAACACCCUGCCCAUUGUCUCUGCUGGGAGUGAACUCUGCCUCCAGCAGCCUGUGGAGAGGAGGAUCUGACUGCAGCCCGUCGUGAUCUUGCAACUCUCGGCAGGAGUUCUCCAGUCUGCAGAUAGAAGGGUGUGGGGCCAAGCAAAUGAGACAGGGCCCACAGAUUAGGUCUCUGUUGAACA